GACUCCAGCUACGGGCCCGCCGAAGCGCUGGAGGAAUGGGCGGAGGGCGGCCAGGCCGGGAGCCCUUCUCCCACACCGCCUGCCCGGCGCCGCCGCCGCCGAGCGGCGCCCCCUGCUGGCGCCCGCAAGAGCUACAUCUGCAAUGAGUGCGGCCGGGCCUUCACCAAGUACUCCAACUACAAGCAGCACCUGCGGGUGCACUCGGGGGAGAAACCCUUCUCUUGCCGGGUCUGCGGCAAGGACUUCAACCUGCUGUCCAACCUGCGGCGGCACGAGCGCACGCACACCGGCGAGCGGCCCUUCUCCUGCCGGGUCUGCGGCAAGGGCUUCGGCGAGCUCUCCAGCCUGCGGCGGCACCAGCGCACCCACACCGGCGAGCGGCCCUUCCCCUGCCCCUUCUGCGGCAAGCGGUUCAGCCAGUCCUCCAUCCUGGUGAUCCACCAGCGCACCCACACCGGCGAGCGGCCCUUCCGGUGCCCGGACUGCGGCAAGGGCUUCAGCGAGCCCUCCAGCCUGCGCAGCCACCGCCGGGUGCACACCGGCGAGCGGCCCUUCCGCUGCCCGCGCUGCCCCAAGGCCUUCCGGCACUCCUCCAGCCUCCUGCAGCACCGGCGGGCCCACACCGGCGAGAAGCCCUUCCCCUGCCCGGUCUGCGGCAAGGCCUUCACCAAGUCCUCCACCCUGGCGCAGCACCGGGGCACCCACAGCCACGAGCGGCCCCACCCCUGCCCGGUCUGUCAGCGCGGCUUCUCCCGGGCCUCCGUCCUGGCGCGGCACCUGCGGGUCCACGCCUGGGAGGGCCCCAGGGUCUGCGCCGACUGCGGGGACAGUUUCGCCACCUCCGCGGGGCUCCACGGGCACCAGUGCCCCCCCGGGGGGGCCCAGGCGCCUGGAGAGAGCUGACUUCCCCCUCCCCACCACCUCCUCACCCGCGGGGAUCCCCUCCUCUUCCCCUGCACCGCCCGUUCCCCCCACAGAACUGACCUUCAUCUCUGCAGGCUAAGUUCGGUCGCGGUGUUUAUUGAGGGGGUAAGAUUACACCGGGAAGCCCUGGGGAGAGUUUACUCACUUACAAUCCCUCACUUCCUGCGCCCAUUCCCCAUGCGGACCUCCGCCUCUGCAGGUUAAGAGAGGUCGCAGUGUUUAUUGAGGGGGUAAGAUUAUACCGGGAAAGACUGGUCGCUUGGGGGAGAGCUGAUAUCUCUUCCAGUCCCCCUCUUCCUCCCCCGUUUCCCUGUGUCCGAUCAAUAAGAGCGGAAUUCCACCUGUACAGGCUAAGGGCGGGCGUGGUGUUUAUUGAGGGGGUAAGAUUACACCGGGAAGCCCUGGGGAGAGUUUACUCACUUACAAUCCCUCACUUCCUGCGCCCAUUCCCCAUGCGGACUUCCGCCUCUGCAGGUUAAGAGAGGUCGCAGUGUUUAUUGAGGGGGUAAGAUUAUACCGGGAAACACUGGUCGCUUGGGGGAGAGCUGAUAUCACUUCCAGUCCCCCUCUUCCUCCCCCGUUUCCCUGUGUCCGAUCAAUAAGAGCGGAAUUCCACUUCUACAGGCUAAGGGUGGGCGUGGUGUUUAUUGAGGGGGUAAGAUUACACCCAGGAACACUAGACGCUUGGGGAGAGUUGAUUCACUUAAAGUCCCCCUCUUCCUCCACCUCGCAUUCGAAAGGAGUGGACUGUCACCUCUACAGGCUAAGGGAGGGCGUGGUGUUUAUUGAGGGGGGGUAAGAUUACACCGGGAGACACUAGAAGCUUGGGGAGAGCUGUUUCACCCAUGAGUCCCUCUCUUCUCUCCUUCCCCAUACCCUCCCCCUCUUUUUUUUUACCCCGUGCUGAUCAAAAGGAACUGAGUUUCGCUUCUACAGGCUAAGGGUGGGCAUGGUGUUUAUUGAGGAGGGGUAAGAUUACACUGGGAGGCACUGGAUGCCAGGCAAGCGAGAAAGCUGACCCAUCUCUCCCCCCCCCGCCCCCCCUCCCGGUUUGUCUGAAAAAUCUGAGGAUGGGACGGGAAAUGGGAGCACUUUAGAGGGGUCUGGCGUUCAACGGGAACAAAGUUCGACGGAAAAGGGAGCUCUCUCUCGCUCUCCUUCCUCGAUUUCCCCCCUUGCCGCGGACUGGACUUGCAGAUGUCUGAGGCAGUUCGGCCCUCGCUCUCUGUGAGCGAGAUUGAUCCCAACCCCCGCCCCCCCCCACACACACACACACACACCCCGUGAUUCCUGGCUCUUUGUGUAUGGACAGUUUCUUCCCCACCUCCCCUCC